GCCGUCGCCGUCGCCGAGAGAGACGUCGCGUCGGUCCGUGGGUGCCUCUUCGUAUUUUCAGUUCCGACCGAACGACGGCGACUAACGAAACCACGGGCAACUCGUACCAGAAGUAAACUGCGUCUCUGCUCGGUGCUCGUCACGCGCGUUUCCAAGGCGCGAUAUUUUUUCCACCGGCGGACCGCACCGAUCCCGCAAGCGGUAGCACGCGGGAAAAGCAACAGUGUUCAACAACGAUACAACCCCCGUGACACGGUUCCGAUUGAUCGUUCAACCGUUUGACCCACGAUCCUCCUCCGACGUGCUCUAGGCCAGGAUGUAACACCGGAGCAAGAGGCGGUAGGAUCUUGGACCUGCAAGGCGUGGUAGUCAAAGAAUCUGGAUCGUCGUUCGCCGCGUCUCUGGAGCGUGGCAAAGUUUUCUGUGCGUCGUCGGUCAACGGUCGAGAAGAGAUGCCAGUCGGCUGGGAAGAACAACGAGUAGCUGUUGCCGCGAAGAGUCGAUGAAACACGGUGGUCUCGUCGGGCAGUGUCGGUGGCCGUCCGCCAACAGGUUACAAAAAUCGAUGAGUAUUUCGAGAAAUAUAGCGAGCAGAAGGUCGUAAUACGCGGCGCUCGUCGUACGGUUAUUGUCGCGGAGAAUGAAGAACAAGUAUAAAAAUAACUGACUCUCAGUCGAAGCUGAAAUGCACAACCGGCUGCUGACCGUGAAGAAGCAGGACGUUCGACUCAAGGGAGAGCGGCUAACGACGAUGCACCAUCGACGAUCCCAGUGAAUCGCAGUGGUACGAAUCGCCACCAGUGCACACGGAACACCACGUGCCUUGCCUUCAUCGUCACCAGCAUCGAUUUCAAUCCUCGUAGACGAUCCGCCUCGAUCCCCGGCCAUGACAUCGUACCUUUCGUUUCACCCGAUGAUCCGCGAAACAGGUGUCAGUGUUCCGUGAUUCCGUUGAAUUCCCAUGUGCUGAUCGACGGAGACGCACAAACGUUAACAGGGAAACGUUGUUCCUAGAAACUGAUCAUCGAUUCAAACAAUACUCGUGGAAAUGUCCGCACAAUGCUCUCCUCCGGACACAGAGAAGUUUGACUUCGAGCCGACGAGGUCAAAGCUUCUCCAAAUUUUCCACGGAGCAUCCGGGAACGGGCCGAAACGAAUGACCGAACGGCUCGCCGAUUUUUUAAAAGACGUCCGGUACUCGCGACUCGUGGAGCCUCGGCUGUCCUAAGGGAGGCAACGAACGCGAACAAACGAGCAACGAGCGGAAAGUCGGAGUUACCGGUGCACAAACGGAGCAACGUAAAUCAUCAACGACAACGCGACGUUGUCCAGAUUCCUGGUUCUGGAAUCGGAAAACGCCGUGGCGUGCGGCGCGUGGUGUAUCGACUAUAAAUAGAUGUUUUCUCGCGUGAAUCGUACGUCUUGAGCCGAGCAGACAUUGAAACGCGAAGAAACGCGUCGCCGAACCUCGUGGACAUGCACGACCUUUCUUCUGUCCCCCCGGAUUAACGCGAGGGAUGAGCCAUAAGUCACUCGGUACACCGUCUUGGUAGAGACACGUAGACAUCGUAGGUAGAGAGCAUUGGGUCCAAAAGGAAGUCGAGCGAAGACAUCCAGCCCGAAGGGCGAACACUCUGUCCAACGCGGCUGUACGAAUUUUGUACAAAAACCACGGUGAAACAACGAGACCCCCCGUACAGAAAGGAACGAUCAUUUCGAGGCACACGUAUCACGCCGUUCGGAUUUUCGGUGGUGACGACCGCUUUUCACUGCUCACUCCCCUUUUGUACGUACGUAAGGGAACUAGAGCGGAAUAAGAAAAGGAACACCGCACUCGUCGUCCAACUAGCAACGAAUUUUCUUCUCCUCCUCCUCCUCCUCCUCCUCCUUCUCCUCUCCUUUCCUGUCUUAUUCUUCGGUCCUUUUCCGAGAAAGGAGUUCAGAAAUGGUAACGGAACGAUAUUAGCUGGUGUUUUCCCUCGUCUCUUACCCUUCGACGAUCAUUAUGCUCAACUCGUGCUGUGCUUUUUUCUACCGUGCUUGUACGCAUGCUGCGAGUGUUUUUUUAAGUGCUGUAGUGUUACACGUUAAUUAUUAAAUAAGGCUUAACGAGCCUACGAUCGAACGCCAAACGUCUCGUCGGACCCAGCUAACUGGGUACAUACCUGAGAUGCCUGUUAGACGAGGUCACGUGGCGCCCAGGACAACUAUCAUCGAGACCAUCAUCAGAAAAUUCGAUACCCACGAUCGAAGUUUUUUAGUGGCUAACGCUCAACAAGGACUAUGUCACAUAAUAUACUGCUCGGACGGUUUCUGUCGGCUGACGGGCUUUUCGAGGGCGGAAGUGAUGCAGAGACCGGCGAUCUGCGAUUUCCUUCAUGGGCCAAUGACGUCGCCCCAUGCGGUCGCAGCUCUUCGCGACGCCCUCGCCGCCGGCGUCGAAAAGCAUUUCGAGAUACUUUAUUACAGGAAAGACGGCACCAAAUUUCUGUGCAGCGAGGUGAUAGCGCUAAUAAGGAGCGAGGUGGACGACAUCUGCUUGCAAAUCAUAAACUUCGAAGACUUGAGCUCUCAGCCAGCUCCGCAGCCUGCAAUUCCGCCCCCGACUCAGACCAACAACAGGCUCGCCACGCGCUAUUCAAUGACGUUGACUCGAGCAGUCGACAGGGCAAGGGCGUCCUUCCGUGCUGGCCUCUCCAGGACCGGUGUCGUUGGUCCGCCGAGAGUCAGGAAUCGACCGAGAACAACGACCAACUUACCUCAUCGAGUUGCUGACGGGACCAUCCUCGACGAGGACGCCUCCGAGAACUGCCCGCUAACAUGUGGUUCGCCUACAAUGAUGGAAUCUUGGGGUCCUGGAAGGACUGGCACACCCCCGCCUGCGCUUCCGCCGCCGCCAGCUGGGAGCAACAAUGGUGGUGCAACGUCUGCAGCAACCGCAAACGUCGCACAGGCAGGUUCUACCACCGCGCCGAUUGCCAGUCCCGAGGGAGUGAGCGACGUCUCCCAAAAGUCCGGUAUUUGGGAAGGCGGUAAUUUCUCGUCGACGGGAGGCGGGGAGGGACCAUCGAGGAGCGUGUCGCACGCGGCGAGUUUGGACGCGAUCUCGAGGAGGGCCGUGAAACCGGAUGCGGCCAGGGCACCGUGUCGCAGCCUCACUUGCAGCGUUUUAGCGGGCCGAGGGAGCGAACAAGUCACCCUCGAACGACGGCCAGCGACUGUCGAUAAUCUAACGGAAGCGACUAAACAUUCGAAAAUCUUUCCGGGCGUCGCGUCCGAGAGCGAUCUGCAGAAAUGGCGGACGUCCAAAGACAGGAAAUCGCCAUCCCUCAGCCAGAUGGGACCAGAUUCCAUCAAACACAAAUUCUCCUUGCAGGACAAUGGGUCCGCGAAAUACUUCCAAGGCGCCAUGCAUACGUCGAACAUGGGAGAAAAAGUAGCUCAGGUGCUGUCCCUUGGAAACGAUAUCCUCCCAGAGUACAAAUUACAGUCACCUAGAAUCGGCAAGUGGACCAUACUGCACUAUUCACCUUUCAAAGCGGUUUGGGACUGGGUGAUACUACUGCUCGUAUUGUAUACCGCUAUAUUCACUCCUUACGUCGCCGCCUUCGUCCUGUCGGAUCCGGAUUACAACAGCAGGAAAAACAAAAAGUACAGUGACGAUCCCAUCGUCAUCAUAGACUUCAUAGUCGACGUCACUUUCAUAGUGGACAUCAUCAUAAAUUUUCGCACGACUUUCGUGAAUAGCAACGAUGAAGUGGUGUCCCAUCCCGGAAAAAUAGCCGUCCAUUACCUGAAGGGUUGGUUCAUCAUCGACCUGGUGGCCGCGAUACCCUUCGACCUUUUUCUCGUUGGCUCCCACACUGAUGAGCUCGGCUUGGACAAGGACGAGACGACCACCUUGAUAGGACUAUUGAAGACCGCUCGUCUUCUGCGACUCGUCAGAGUAGCUAGGAAGAUCGACAGGUACAGCGAAUAUGGAGCCGCAGUUUUACUCCUUUUGAUGGGCACCUUUGCUCUCUGUGCCCACUGGAUGGCAUGCAUAUGGUAUGCUAUAGGAAACGCGGAAAGGCCAACGUUGAAAAGUAAAGUAGGCUGGCUCGAUAUUCUAGCCAACGACACGCAUCAAUUUUAUUUUCACAAUAACACCGGUGGGCCAAGUAUAAAGAGCCGCUAUAUCACAGCACUGUAUUUCACCUUUAGUAGUUUAACAUCGGUGGGCUUUGGAAACGUGGCUCCAAACACGGACGCCGAAAAGAUAUUUACUAUAAUCGUUAUGCUAAUCGGAUCUUUGAUGUACGCCAGUAUCUUCGGUAACGUCUCAGCGAUCAUACAGAGACUUUACAGCGGUACGGCGAGAUACCACACGCAGAUGCUUCGAGUUCGAGAGUUCAUAAGGUUCCAUCAGAUCCCUAACCCGCUGCGUCAACGGUUAGAGGAGUACUUUCAACAUGCUUGGACGUAUACGAACGGAAUCGACAUGAACAGCGUUCUGAAAGGGUUCCCCGAGUGCCUUCAGGCGGACAUCUGUCUUCAUCUGAACAGAAACCUUUUAAACAACUGUAAAGCCUUCGAGGGUGCCAGUCCCGGUUGUUUAAGGGCAUUAUCAUUAAAGUUCAAAACGACACACGCACCACCAAGUGACACGUUAGUUCAUAAAGGGGACGUGCUGACGUCCCUGUACUUCAUAUCGCGCGGGAGCAUAGAGAUACUGAAGGAAGACGUGGUGAUGGCGAUUCUGGCCAAGGACGACAUAUUCGGGGAGAAUCCGUGUAUAUAUCCGACCGUAGGCAAAGCAUCAUGCAACGUGCGCGCUUUGACGUAUUGCGAUUUACACAAGAUUCACAGGGACGACUUACUCGACGUUCUGGCGCUUUAUCCAGAGUUCUCGAAUCAUUUCAGUCAGAACCUCGAAAUUACUUUUAAUCUGAGAGACGAGGAGCAAGCCGGGGUCGAUCCAAUAUCAGCAAGGUAUCCUGUCAGUACUCCAACGGACGUCGACGUCGACGCUAGGAGAUUCGCUUUCCGUCCACCAAGAUACCGUCGAGGACCCGGAGGUCCUGGCAAUCUUAUACCCACCGGUCGACAAGACUCCUUGCAGGGUGACCCGGAUGAUUAUGACAAAGGAAGUGGCCACGGGAUAUUGGAGUUCAGCACCGACAAAGCCGGCCAAGAUGUGACACCGUUGAACCUAGAGUUCGACGAGCCCAAACAGAGAAGCUCAACGUUGAACUCAAUAACUGGCAUGCUAACCCAUCUCAAGCGCAGCAUACCGGACCUACGUCAGCACAAGAUCCAUCUGCAGCCACUGACGAGUCACGAUUACCUCGCCAAGCAGAUGACCACUCCAUUGACGAAACCAGCACGGAGAAGCUCCGCGGCCGGUGAAAGUUGCCUCAGCCAGAACGUGGUGCACCCGACAUCGACGACGUCCAGUCAUUAUACAACGCCGUCGCCGCCGCAGCUUCCGCAGUCUCAUGGUGACUUUCAAAGUGGACCAGGCCGGCCUAUGGAAGAGGUGAACGCCAGGAUAGAUCAACUGUCGCGACAGGUGUCCUCCAUGGAACACACGAUGGGGGAGAACAUCAGAUUGAUCUUGACUCUGCUUCAGCAGACGCUCAAUUCAUCGAGGGAGAGUUCCAGCAUUGAGAUGAUGCCCGGUACCGCGCCGGCCGGGCCGAAGCAAAGUAGUAGAGCCCCGGCAUUGGUCCAACGUUCAGCCAGCGAACCACAACCCCCGACAGCACCGCCGUCGAACAAUGGAAACGGAAAAUUGCAGCCUAGCACGUCUCACGGUUUGUUCAGCUUUCUUUCGAAAUCCCUGGAUCAGUUGCAUUUGAUUUCGGCGUCUUUUAUUUUGGAAAGGUUGGACAAGUUCCGAAGCAGACCGCCGACGAGAGAGCCAACGUCAACGUCUUCGGGCACCUCGCGGUUGACCGUCACUUCGGACACGUCCGCCCUGGCGACAGCGUUGCAAACGGCGUUGAACGGAAGGACGGCACCCACGAGGUCCCAGAGCCAACCUGUUGACCUGGCUGUGCCACCCAACACGCAACAGUCGCACUUGCCACACGCGUGGCACAGCCAACCGGCCGCGUUCAGAAGAGGAGAGUUCAGGAGCGGGUACAGCUCUUUCAAUAAACGUUCAGAACCGGAAGGGGGCGACCCGUGGAGCUGCGUAGUAUCCGUGUCGGAUCGAGGUGCCUCUCAGCGUCCUCGGAGCAGCGAAUCUCGUAAAGAACCAACGAACCAUCGUGGUUCCACCGAUCUGGCGAGCAGCCAACGUUCAGACGGUAGGCAACCGGUUCAGGAAGGUGCCGGGCAGGCGUCGGGGACGCGUCAGGAAUCCUCGAGGCAGGCCAGCGAGGACAUCUCUUGGGAGUUCACGAUAAACGAGGCGCCAAUCGCGAGGCUGGAGUCGUUGGACGAGCUCGAUCAGGAUCACGGUAGUUAAAGCCAAGGUUCUCCUUCCUUUUGAAAUAUAAUUACUCGGCUCGCUCGCGACUGAUACGCGACUCGUCACUUGGACGAUCGAGGAAUCGCCGCGACGACGCGAUUCCAACGAUCAUUCGGACGGCUGUGGACUCCUUCCGUUCCCCUUUGGUGAAACCGCGCGGUGAUCUUCGUAAGAAGUCCGCUGAAUGUCCCGGAGAACUUCUUAGGAAUAUCAGAUAUGCAACAGCAUUUGAAACGCGAUACAGAGAAACGGAUGACGCGUCGGCUGAUCGAUUCUCCGUUAGGGAUUUCACUUGACUCUGGAUUGAACUUUCUGAUAUUUGAAGAUCGCACGAGAGUACGGGUACUUCUGAACAAUUGAGCACGCUCUAUUCUAUCGAUCACUCGCUUCUCUACUUAUAUUAAAUCUAAGUGUUUAAUAUCUCGAGUAGAACUCUUUUCUUAAAGUCAGGAGCCAAGCUUUCUGUUAUGCACUGCGUUACUACUCGCGAAACGUCGCGGAUGAUUAGUUAACUUCGGUACUGAAGCACUUUCUAUUUUCCACUCGAGUUUAAUGUUACCUGACUUUGUUUCCUUCAUGGAAUGAGAACGAGACUAUUAGAGAAGGGAAUCGUUGAAGGAAAAUCGAUCAGCGGCCGCAGUAAAAGAAAUUUACAUGUUCAAAAGGCGACGAUACGAGAGCAAGAAUAGAAAGCACGAGCGGUUCUGAAAGUUAUACAUGAACAAGUACACGAACACAAACAAAGAUAUUUACAUGUUACGCUGAAAACUCUUGCAGAAACGGAAACUCACCUUCGAGGUUUCCAUCCGCAUCAAUGCUGUUUCCUUCGAACAAUUUUUUAAUUGAAUUACGAUAGAUACAUAGAUUACACGAACAUACAGAUACACCAAUUUCCAAUAUUCUGAAGACGUUGCUUUUCGUUCCCCACGCGGAGAGCUUUCUUUCGUUGCUCGGUACAGGGAGGGUAAGGUAAUCAAUUGAAGGGAGGAACACGGAAUGGGAGAAAAUUAAUGAUAAAUAUAAAAUGAAAGUACAAGACGACGGCAGGAGUUCGUAGAUCUGCAGACGCGAGAGAAGUAAUGCAUAAAAAAAAGGCCGAGGAGUAUGCAGCUCGCGAGGAAUUUCGUAAAUUUUCGAGUCCUUCGCGUCACGGAGAACACGUAGCUAACUUUGAAAUUAAGAUAUAUCUGACUGAGAGCACCAUCUUUUUUUAAUGCUUAUUAUAGGCGACGUUUUACGUGAUAAAUAAGCUACGAAAGAGAAGGGAUUUAUCAGAGCUUGCAGUACGAUUACAAAAAGAAGUAUAAACUGUGGCAGAAUAUCAUACGUGUUUAAGUAUGUAAGUUGUGUAAGGUAAAGGCAUUGUGUCGGGGAUCGAGACUAUAGUUGGAUGACCCGAGACGAACAAUUAAUUAUUGCGAAAAUAAUAAUACAAUUCUGAGUGCCACCUGCGAGUAAAACUGCAAUGUCCUUUAUACAGACAACAAAAAAAUAUGAUAUAAUAAAUAAAUAAAUGAAACAGCUAAUGGGAAAAUAUGAGGCAAGAAAGGAAGGAAAAUUAUCAGCAGGAUAAUUUCGAUCGAUGGUUACUAAAUAUUAUUAUUAUUAUUAUUAUUAUUAUUAUUAUUAUUAUUAUUAUUACUAUUAUUGUUAUUACAUUAUUAUUGUCAUAAAGUAGGGAAGAAACGCAAGCGUAAUGGGAAGGGAAGGCGAGGAAAAUGUAAAAUACCUAGGGUGUAUGAAAACGGUGGAACAACAAUAAGCGAAACGAUUAAGAUGAAGAAGUGACAGUUGCUGCGCAAUAACGGUGUAUAAAUAUAUACAUAUUAUAUAUACGUACACGCGCGUGUGUAUGCGUAUACACGUUGUAAAGAAUUUUUUACAAGAUAACUCGAAUUAAUUAUUGCUCUUAAGCGUACGUUGGUUUCUCUUCCUCUCUUUUCGUUCUCGACCUCCCGAGUUUACGUUUUCACCCGUCGAAUGCGAUUUAUCACGCAACGGUACGUGGGUGAAAAACUAUGAUCAAUGAUCCUCGAUGACCUCCGAAACCGUUUUCUGAUAUUUUUUCUUAUACACGUAUUAUCUUUCCAGGGGACGCGUUUAAGAUUUGACGUAGACGCUAAUAGUCUUGGCAAUCGUUAGAGAUUGAUCUUAUAUCAUUAGUGAAUAUUAGGUCCGACUAAAUAAAAUAUAAUUAAUCGAAAUCGCCUGUGAUCGAGAUCACAUAUCGCUUUAAACAAAUAAAUCGAGAUUCCAUUAGUAUCAAACAUUAUAUCUUCAAAACCGAUUGCUAUAGAAUUAUCCAAGUCGAAAGACGAAACGCCAAACAUCUAAAGUCUAAAGUUCGGAAGCGGAGAGAGUAUGUAAAAAGUCUUUUUAUUACGACAAAUAAUCAAGAGAAUAAUACGUUAGUGGAACGGUGAAUGAAUCAUUAAACGUAAUUACAGAAAGCGAGGAGAGCUCGAUCAGGGAUCAUCGAUCACGAGUCUAUUCGUUCUUUGCUCAGUAUUUUAGGCUGUAAAUGAUACCGAUACAUUCGAUGUAACGAUUAAAUGACUCGUAGUCACUUUGUAACGAGAAGAGCAGCGGCGCAGCGCUAAUGAGAAGCAGCUUUUUAAUUACGAAUAGAGAUUAUCUUUGAUUCCUAAUAACCUACCAGUAGUACACGCAACACACGUGGAUUUUCGCACUUAGAAAGGAUAUGGGUACUUUGAUCGAGGGAUAUCUAACACGGUCCAGGAAGAGGACAACAGUGAUCACCUUUUAUUAAUUUCAUAUCCAAUCGGCAUUCGCAUAUGUACGUGGCUACACAUUCGGCCAAGCACGUUCCGUUGAAAGAGACACGAGAUUCUCUCUGCGAAUCGAUUUGCGAACGAAGGAAGCUGAACGAUAAAUGCACAACGAUAAUUGAAAUUUUAUUUCUAAGGAACUCUGUCAAAUGUAUCUGCCCAUUUGAGGAAACAGUAAAAGAGUCUAUUAUGUUUGUUAGAAUCGAUUUUUUCUUACCAGUCGUUUAGAUCCGGCAACCGAACGAGUCACUGCUGUUCUCGAAAUCCGAUUCGAUUGACGAGGACGCGACCAGAACGAAGUAGCACUUUUUCGUUUGAAAUAAUACGAUUCGUCACGUCCAGCGUGAGAAGGGGAGAAAAAAGUCGAAUACCGAAAGACGUCCAUCGCAUCGUCACGAAACGAAAAAUAAAUCACGUUCAGGCGAGCCACCUGAUUCGUCACGCGCCCUUUCGAACAUCGAAUUCGUCCAAAGUAUCGACAACACCUCGCACCGUUUGUUCUACAUUGCUUCCGACGAGUUUCCAACGCAAGUUCUCGCACGUUUUACAUGUCAGGAUGUUAAAUGUUCUAAGCUUACACACGUACACUUUAACGCUGGAUACUUACAAAUUCGAGCCACUGAAACCGCUUCGCUCUAAUCGCAAUCUAACAACGAAAAUAAGAAAGAACUGAACGAAAUCGAUAUUUAAAAGUUUACAAGGGAGAAAACUUGAGCUGGAAACUGUUACGCGUUACGGACUACUACCGGAUCUUUCAAACCAGUUUAGAAGAAUACAUAAAAUCUUCGAACUCCGUGUCGAAAUUCAUCGUCGUCCUUUACCCCGAGGCAAAGCGCGAGAUCCGAUCGUUUUUCCACGGACCGGCAGUCCUUGCACGAAUGACUUCGAGUAUCUCGAUUUAACGCGUCGUCAUAUCUCCGUGACUAUCAUCGAAAUAACUAGGCGAGGUCGUCGACCGUACGACGAGUACAUACACGACACGACACACACGCCGAGUCAUCGAUUAGUGUAAUUACAUAACGUACAUACAUGUUACAAAGUAAUAUCCGUUUCUUUAUCAAAGCUGCCUCUCGCUUUUAAAUUCUACCGCGGUCAGCCGAGAGAGAGAGAAGGAGACAGAGGGAGAGGUCGAAUUCGAAGAAGGUGGACAAAUAAAGGAUCGAGACGUUCGGGGAUCCGUUGUUCGAGGUAGAUUCGUGCCAGGACCGAAUUCUAGUCGUCACGACCAGGCUGUGUGACGGGUUUCCGUCAAGGUGUUCCUCGACAAACAGAUUGUCCGUUCCGAGCGGCUAGCUCUCGUUUCGAACAGAGUAUGAGGAUAAAUUUUACUCGAAAUUGAAUAAAGUUAAUAAUUAGGGAAAUUACGAAAGGCAAAUGCUGUUUUGUAACGGAAUUUAAGGUAAAUUAGCGGAGCAAUUUAUUAAAUAAGAUGCGAGAAAUGUACGAGGAGCACCCAUCGCGAAUGCGUUUUUCAUUUGUAAAGAGAAUAAAAGUUUGAAUCUGAAAAGAAAUAAACGAGAGCCAAAGAUACAGAUAGAAUGAUAAAAAUCCUACCCGCGGUAGAUGGAUUUACUCGCGUUUUUUCCCAGAUUAUGCAAAUUAAAAUCGUUCUGUAUAUACGUAUACGACGCGAUCUUGGAUCGUAUCGAUUAUAACGGUGAGCGCACUGAUUUGUAACACGUAACAAGAAAAAUAAUUUGUUCGAGACAGUAAGCGAGAGAACACGAGUGAGUGAGGAGAAAACGUGAAACUGAAAGGGAACGAAAGAAAAGGACGGAUGAGUGUUGAGAAGAAUGUGUGCGUGUGUGAGAGGAAGCGAGUCAGAAGAUUUUUCUACCACCCCCUGAAUCAAUUCCUGCUCUUCACCGAGCACCCUCCGAUUAAAAUAGAAUUACACGUGCGUCUUUGUUCUUAUCCUCGCCGAGCAAAAAUUUAAUGAAAAAACGAGACAGAGAAAAGCAUUACAAAGAAUGAGAAGAUUCGUUUAAAGGAAAAUGUCGCGUUGAAUUUUUUACAGCGUAACCCAAUAAAAAUAUUCGCAUCCAACAAACAAUUGCAGUUUCUCCUCUCUUUUCUGGAUGAGCUACAUUGAACUUCAAUCGUUCUCUCCGUUUCUCCUUUGAAUUUCAAAGGGAUAACAAAGGCAUCGAUAUUUUUUAUCUGAUCGGACAGGGAAUAUAUCGCUGGUUAAACCGUAAAAAGAAAAAUACAAAGGAGAUACGACGGUGUGUGGAAACAGGAAGUGGUGGGGGUGGCGAUGGUCCGGUGACGUCGAAUCUGUGUUGUGUAUCUAUAUAAGUUUUCGUAUAACGUACCGCAUGUAAAAAUAUGUUUAUUACAUAUUUUCACUAUGCCGACACAUACUUGUGUGCCUCACUACCCUCCUGCCACUGUAUUAUCCUAAAAUUUUGCCCGAUUCUCGCCGCACCAGAAAUGAAAUAAUACACCCGCCAUAAGUUUCUUAAGAUAUUCGAGAUAAUGAAACACGAGCCGAAGAAAUGUUCUCAAGUUGAGUAAACAAGAGAAUACACCGAAAAAGGGACAGACGCGACUACGGAUGAUGAUCGACAAACUAUACACAUUCACAGUUAAAUGUCGUAAGAGAAGAUGAGAAAAGAGAAACGAACUCUUAUACAUACGUCUAUGCAUAUACGUAUUAUAUGUAUUAUUAUAUUUUACUGGUUUUGAGAGAAUGGAGUUGCUGUAUGGAAAAAAAAAUUUGUAUCUUCUUUUCCUGAACACCUAGUUGCUUACAUUUGUAUACGGCAAGAAUAUAUUAAAAAAUUACGUGA